GGGGAAGGCGAGGGCCCUGCAGGAGGGGGAACGUCCUGCCCGUCUCCCUGGAACCGUUUCUGCACACUCAGAACUUCCCCUGCUGCCAGGCUGCGUAAGCCCUCCCAAAGGGAGCCUCGGUAGCCUGAAGACCAGCCGCUUUACAUUCAGAAAACACGAAUUCAAACGGUGAUUGCCGCCCGACUUUACAGUACUCAGGGGUGUGAAAUGCAGGAAACCGAUGUCAAGGACACCACUCGAUAGGUCGCGAAGAAAAAGUGGAAACCUGUCAACGUAGUGCAGGUGGAGAAUCUGUAGAGUGGGAGAGAAUCCUGCACUCUGCAGUCCCAGAUUCUGGCCAGCCUGAACUGCUUCCAGCUGUACUGCGUAGGGAGCAGACAGAGCACCGAUCUAUUUCAACACUAAACUUGCACAAUGUCUUUGAAACCAAGAGUAGUAGAUUUUGAUGAGACAUGGAACAAACUUUUAACGACAAUCAAAGCUGUUGUCAUGUUGGAAUACGUCGAAAGAGCAACAUGGAAUGAUCGCUUCUCAGAUAUCUAUGCUUUAUGUGUGGCCUAUCCUGAACCCCUUGGAGAAAGACUUUAUACAGAAACUAAAAUUUUUUUGGAAAAUCACGUACGGCAUUUGCACAAGAGAGUUCUGGAGUCUGAAGAGCAAGUACUUGUUAUGUAUCAUAGGUAUUGGGAGGAAUAUAGCAAAGGUGCAGACUAUAUGGACUGCUUGUAUAGGUAUCUCAACACUCAGUUUAUUAAAAAGAAUAAAUUGACAGAAGCUGACCUUCAGUAUGGCUAUGGUGGUGUAGAUAUGAAUGAACCACUUAUGGAAAUAGGAGAGCUAGCAUUGGAUAUGUGGAGGAAAUUGAUGGUUGAACCACUACAGACCAUCCUUAUCCGAAUGCUACUCCGAGAAAUAAAAAAUGAUCGUGGUGGAGAAGACCCAAACCAGAAAGUAAUCCAUGGGGUUAUUAACUCCUUUGUUCAUGUUGAACAGUAUAAGAAAAAAUUCCCCUUAAAGUUUUAUCAGGAAAUCUUUGAGUCUCCCUUUCUGACUGAAACAGGAGAGUAUUACAAACAAGAAGCUUCGAAUUUAUUACAAGAAUCAAACUGCUCACAGUAUAUGGAAAAGGUUCUAGGUAGAUUAAAAGAUGAAGAAAUUCGAUGUCGAAAAUACUUGCAUCCAAGUUCAUAUACUAAAGUGAUUCAUGAAUGUCAGCAACGAAUGGUAGCAGACCACUUACAGUUCUUACAUGCAGAAUGUCAUAAUAUUAUCCGACAAGAGAAAAAAAAUGACAUGGCAAAUAUGUAUGUCUUACUUCGUGCUGUGUCCACUGGUUUACCUCAUAUGAUUCAGGAACUGCAAAAUCAUAUCUAUGAUGAGGGGCUUAGAGCAACCAGUAAUCUUACUCAGGAAAAUAUGCCAACACUAUUUGUGGAGUCAGUUUUGGAAGUACAUGGAAAAUUUGUUCAACUUAUAAACACUGUUUUAAAUGGUGAUCAGCACUUUAUGAGUGCAUUGGACAAGGCCCUUACAUCAGUUGUAAAUUACAGAGAACCCAAGUCGGUUUGCAAAGCACCUGAACUGCUUGCUAAGUACUGUGACAACUUAUUAAAGAAGUCAGCGAAGGGGAUGACUGAGAAUGAAGUAGAGGACAAACUCACGAGCUUCAUUACCGUUUUCAAGUAUAUCGAUGAUAAAGAUGUUUUUCAAAAGUUCUACGCAAGAAUGCUGGCAAAACGUUUAAUUCACGGGUUAUCUAUGUCUAUGGAUUCUGAAGAAGCCAUGAUCAAUAAAUUAAAGCAAGCCUGUGGUUACGAGUUUACCAGCAAGCUGCAUCGGAUGUAUACAGAUAUGAGUGUCAGUGCUGAUCUCAACAAUAAGUUCAACAAUUUUAUCAAAAACCAAGACACAGUAAUAGAUUUGGGAAUUAGUUUUCAAAUAUAUGUUCUACAGGCUGGUGCAUGGCCUCUUACUCAGGCUCCUUCAUCCACAUUUGCAAUUCCCCAGGAAUUAGAGAAAAGUGUACAGAUGUUUGAAUUAUUUUACAGCCAGCAUUUCAGUGGAAGGAAACUUACAUGGUUACAUUAUCUCUGUACAGGUGAAGUUAAAAUGAACUAUUUGGGCAAACCAUAUGUAGCCAUGGUUACUACAUACCAAAUGGCAGUUCUUCUUGCCUUUAACAACAGUGAAACUGUCAGCUAUAAAGAACUUCAAGACAGCACUCAAAUGAAUGAAAAGGAACUGACAAAAACAAUCAAAUCAUUACUUGAUGUGAAAAUGAUUAACCAUGAUUCAGAAAAGGAAGACAUUGAUGCAGAAUCUUCAUUUUCAUUAAAUAUGAACUUUAGCAGUAAAAGAACAAAAUUUAAAAUUACUACAUCGAUGCAGAAAGACACACCACAGGAAAUGGAGCAGACUAGAAGUGCUGUAGAUGAGGACCGAAAAAUGUAUCUCCAGGCUGCUAUAGUUCGUAUCAUGAAAGCACGGAAAGUACUUCGGCAUAAUGCCCUUAUUCAAGAGGUGAUUAGCCAGUCAAGAGCUAGGUUUAAUCCUAGUAUCAGCAUGAUUAAGAAGUGUAUUGAAGUUCUGAUAGACAAACAGUACAUCGAACGCAGCCAAGCGUCAGCAGAUGAAUACAGUUAUGUAGCGUGAUGUCGUUCUCCUCUAGUGUGGGUGUAAGAAGAUCAUUGCCAUCACCAUUUGGUGUGUUCCUGUGGGAAAAAGCAGGCCUGUGCCUCCAUAAUUUGGUCAUUUGGCAGCCCCUGUUUUUCUGCUGUUUACAACAUCACCAGUGCCACGUCAUGAGCGUCCGAGAAAAUGCCUAGAGAUAUUUCAAGCUCAUGUCAUUAUGACAUUUCUUAAAACUUUAUUAAAAGAAUGAGUGAAGUAUUGCUGAAAUGUGGAAAUUUGGUUGGGUACCAUGCUUUUUCUCCCCUUCACGUUUGCAGUUGGUGUGUUGUUUUUUUUUUUUUUUUAAUGUAUCUUAAAGGACAUAAAAUAAAAAACUUAAAUAUUGUAAUAUGACAGAUAACCUAAUAAUUGUAUCUACAUUAAAAUGACAAACAUGAUAUUGCUGCUUGUCAAAUAAAAAAAAUAAAGAAAUAGAAUGCCUUUUUUAUGUGGAUGGAGUAUCACACAUAAUAGUAUAUAUAUAAAUGUUCAUGAGUCAUCAAAGCAGCUAAUGCAGCUUUAGUUGCAUUUUUAUCCAAAUGGUUUAAUUCACUUUUACUCCUACUUAAGUCCUACAUGAAAAAUGUCUAGAUUAUUGUUCUUGAAUGCAUAAAAAUGCAUUCAACAUAAAAAUGUUUUAUUUUUAUGGAUUGGAACUACGUUGGAUAUGAGCAUUUUGAAUGUUGGGGAUUUAAUUCUAUCAAGGGUUUCUGGUGAUAUGCUUACACCACAGAAAUAAAGGAUGAGGAGAAUA